AUGCCUCGACUCCCCGGCCGCGCGGCGCUCCCCCUCUGCGUGGUGCUGCUGACCGCGCUGCUGGCCGCGGUGCGAGGGCUCCCCCUGCGGAAGCCGCGGGGCCCCGGCUGGAGCCACGUGAGGCUGGCGGAGGUCUCUGCCUCCCCAGACCCCAGCUCUCCUAGAGAAGAAGAGGAGACCCGUCUGCUCUCCAGAGCCCGCCUCCAGGCAGGGCUGCGCCGACACAGACGCUGGGCUCUCACUGAGCCAGCAGCCCUGACCCUGGACAAGACCUCCUUGCCAGGGACCCUAGAGGACGCUCCCUUGCUGCUGGAGCUGCAGAAGCUGCCUGGAUUGGCCAACACAGACUUGAGUGCCCCAAACCCCAAUAUCCAGGUGACCAUCGAAGUGGUGGAGGACCCCCAGGCUGAGGUGGAGAUGGACCUGCUGGCUGAGCCUAACAAUCACUGGUCCCAGGGUGCCCCCAGCUGGCUGCCUGCCAAGGAACUCUUCUGGCCCCUCUUCUGGGGCUACCUGGAGGGCGAGGAAGGGAGGCCCCGUGUCAAGGGCAGAGCCCCAGGGGAAGAGGAGGAGGAGGAAGAGGAGGAUUACCCUCCAGAGUACAGUGAGAGUGAGGACCAAGAGGACAGCGAUGAGCAAGACAGUGGUGAUGCCCAGGAGCACGGGUUCAGCGGGGCCGCAGGAGGCUGGGAGCGGGGCUGGCUGUCCCCCGGGGACUGGGCCUUCAAGGAGCCUCAUAGCUACGGGGCGUCCUGGCCCGGGCCGUAUCCUCCCGAGGAAGGGGUGCCUUCUGCUAAUUCACACCAAGGCACCCCGUGGGCUCUGCUCCCUCACCCCUGGCUCCCUGCCUUGACGCAGACUGAGCUUCAAGAGGAAUGGAGCCCCUGGUCUCCCUGCUGUGGGAGCUGAGGCAGCCAGCAGAGGACUCGGCCCCGUGGCUACGCCUGCACUGCCACCGAGUCAGCCUGCGACCUGCCCCCCUGUCCUGGCGCUGAGGACAAGGACCCCUUGGGCUUCCCCAGUGAGGGGUGGCGGCCCCUGGCCCACAAUGCUACGGACAUGCUCAGCCCAGAUGUGGACAGCUGUGAGAAGUGGCUGAACUGCAAGAGUGACUUCCUAGCCAAGUACCUGAGCCAGGUGCUGCGGGACCUGCCCAGCUGCCCGUGUGCGUACCCACUGGAGGCUGUGUCCAGCGCCGUGAGCCUUCAGGACGAGCACCAGGGCCGCAGCUUCCGGUGGAGGGACGCCAGCGGCCCACGCGAGCGCCUGGACGUGUACCAGCCCACGGCCCGCUUCUGCCUGCGUUCUCUGCUGUCCGGGGAGAGCAGCACGCUGGCCGCCCAGCACUGCUGCUACGACGCGGGCAGCCGGCUGCUGACCCGAGGCAAGGGCGCCGGCGCGCCCGACCUCGUCAGCACCGACUUCUCGCCCGAGCUGCACUUCAAGGUGGACACGCUGCCCUGGAUCCUGUGUAAGGGGGACUGGAGCCGCUACCACGCCGUGCGGCCCCCGAACAAUGGCCGGGCCUGCACAGACAACCCCCCCGAGGAGGAAUACCUGGCGCAGUUGCAGGAGGCCAAGGAGUUCUAAUGAGGGCUGCUGGGCUGGAGAACUUUCCUCGCGGGCCGCUCCCCCUGCCUGGCCCAGACCUGGUGAGGCCAGUCUGGUGCCUCGAGCCCUCUGCCUCUGAACCUGAGGCGGGGAGGUCAGCGCCCCAAGGUGUCGGUGUGGGGUUGGGGAGAAGGUUGAAGCGUGUAUAAGGCCCAGGGUGAGAGGAGGGAGCUCAGCUCCCAAGGCCCCCAGGGCUGCCCCGAGAUGCGUAUCCGGGGCGGCCUUACCUCUU